UGGCACCGCGACUCUUGCCAGGGACUGAGGGCCGCGCUGCCUCCCUCCCGCCCUUCCUCUGCCUCGCUGCACACGCCCCUCUCUCACACCCUGACACGCCCGCCCGCCCACCAGCGACCCAGGCCCCACGCCCGCCGGCUCACUCACGCCCGCCGGCCCACCCUCGCCCCCACAGCUACACUCCAGGGCGGCAACAGCAGCAGCAGCGGCAGCGGCGGCAGCAGCAGCGGCGGCGGCGGCGCCCUGCUGGUGGUGGUGGUGGUGGUGGUAGUGUGUGAGUGCGUGUGUGCGUGUGUGCGUGUGUUCGGGGUAAGAGAGGGAGAAAAAUAUAUCAAUCUAGCGUAGAAGGAGGCGGUGGUGGUGGUGGUAGAGGUAGUGGUGGUGGUGGUGUCGGUGGUGGUGGUGGUGUUGGUGGUGUUGGUGGUGGUGGUGGUGGCGGCGCCCCUGAGCGUGGAGUCAGGGCCCAAGGGCAGCCCCUCCCCUGCCCCGCCGUCCCCAGGGCAGCACUGAGGGGGAGCGCCGUCCCUUCUCCUGGAGAGGCCUGUCCCCUCCCCCCAGACUGUGUCCUGCCGUGGCGCCGCCUGCGUCUGUCUGUCUGCCCGAGUGACGCCUCCACCUGCAAGAUGUGGCGGCGGUGAACAGAACACAGCGCAGCGCAGCACAGCACAGCGGCAGUGGCCAUGACAGCCUGCACUUUCCCCUGCCAGCGCCCAGCCCCUGCCGGCGGCGGGGCGGCGUGCUAGAGGCGCGGCGUUCCCCAGCCUGCCCCGCGCGGAGGCUCAGGCGGUGGUGGGUGUGGUGAUGGUGUUGUGGAGGCGGCGGGCGACGGCGUGGGCGGCUGGCGGCGGGUCUGCGUGGUGGAGGUGGUGGUAGGGGCAGCGCGCAAUGGCCUCUCCCCUCACCGCGGGCCCCCUCCCCCGACACCCGCCCUCUAGAGCAGUGCCGCGCCCCAGGGGAAGCACGCCCCCCUCACGCCCACGUUCGAGGGUCACUCACGCCCCAGACAUGCUCCCACCCACACCGGGGGCCCCCACGCUAAGACUAAGCUCCCCUACCACCCCACCCCUCACUCUCGCCCCUCCCGACGCCCCACACCACCCCAGAUAACCCCAGUGGCUCAUGUGCCGGCGAGUCCCCGCCAGGUAGGCGCCAUGUGAUAGCCCCUCCACCCUUCCUCUCUCUCUUUCUCUCUCUUCUCUUUCUUCCUUUCCUUCCCCUUUCCCUCCCCUCUUCCUUCUCUCUCUCUCUCCCCCUGUCUGUCCCCUCCCCGGAUCGCCCGCGCUCCCGCACGCCCGCGAGUCAUGGUGGGCGGCGCCGUGAUCGGUGAUGACGUCCCCGGGGAUGAAGUGCAACUGGGCUCCAUCCCACUGCUGGAGACGCCCCCGGGGGAACAGUCGGCCCCGUCCCCGCGCCUGCUUGGCUAUGGGUCCUACGGGGCGGGCGGGGCGGGGUACGGCACGGGGUACCCCUACAGCGGGAGUGAGAUGGUGAUGAUGGCGGGCGGUGCUCACGUGGGCAUCGAAAACCUGUCCCAGGCGGCGGUGAUCCUGGUGAUCGGCGUGGCCAUCAUCAUCUCCAACAUCAUCAUCCUGGCCACCUUCAUCACCAUGCCAGGCCCGAAGGACGUCAUAAUGUACUACCUAAUGUCGCUGGGAGUGUCGGACCUGGUGGCGGGCGUGGUGGUAGUGCCGCUAAGCGUGUACCCGGCCCUGGUGCAGCGCUGGGUCUACGGAGACAUGGUCUGCGGUCUGGCUGGCUACCUCGAAACCACCCUUUGGUUUGCGCAACUUUACACCUUCAUGUGGAUCAGUGUGGACCGGUACCUGGCCAUCCGCAAACCGCUCAGGUACGAGACGGUGCAGACGAAGACGCGGUGCCAGUGUUGGGUGGUGUUCACGUGGGUUACCUCCAUGAUGCUGUGCUGUCCGCCGCUGCUCGGCUUCAAUAACUCCUCUCACUGGGACGGCGAGGCGUACGUGUGCUGGCUGGACUGGGGCAGCAUGAUCGCUUACGCCAUCACUCUGGUGCCCAUGGUGCUGGGGCCCACGCUCAUCACCCUCUUCUACACUUAUGGUUACAUCUUCAACACCAUGCGGCGCCUCAAGACCUGCGUGGUGGGGCAGGAUAAGGAGUUCGUGACGGCGCUCACCUCCAACCUGGCCAACCCUGACCAUGCCAUGUCCUUCGUUCUGGUGGUGGCCUUCUGGCUGUCCUGGGGCCCCUGCGUCGGCGUGCGCACGUACGAGUACCUUUCCGGCACCCACAUCGAAGUGCGGUUCCUCCAUUUCGCCGUGUUCUGGCUGGGCGCCAUGAACUCCUGUUGGAAGUCAGUGAUCUAUGUGGCCAUGAGCCCCAAGUUCCGGCGCGGCCUCAAGCUGUUCUGCCUCUCGCUGUGCUGCCAGAGAAAGGCGCGCAAUGCCGAGCUCAUCCUAGACUACUGAUCCUCUUUGUGCCGGCGCGUUCCCGUAACUUCUUCCAUGUAUAGUGCAUAGUGAAGGUGAAGGUGCAGCCAGUGUGUGUGCUGAAGGAUAUGAAGUGCUUAAUGCUCAAUGCUCUCACACUCCCUCCCCCCGCCUCGCCCUAUGCAGCAGCAGGAGGAGGAGGAGCAGGAGCAGGAGGAGCAGGAGGAGGAGGAGGAGGAGGACGCAGGGUGUGGAGGGAGGACGUCAUCAAAAUGCUAAGACAGGGACUCCUUUUUGUACCACCACCAUGUGACAAUCGUGAGGUGUUUGUGCGUGUGUGUGUGUGUCUCUCCGUGUAGCAGGGAGCCCAGGCCGCCCGUGGUGCGUGGGCAACCCCCGCCCACCGCGGCGCCGGACAUCAUCCUAGCCGUGUCGUCUAAUCAUUGUUCGUCUUCAUGGAAUGUUAUAUUGUGAUAGGACUCAACCAUAUCAGUGUUUACACAUUACAGAAAUAAUAAUAAUAAUAAUAAUAAUAAUAAUAAUAAUAAUAAUAAUAAUAAUAAUAAUAAUAAUAAUAAUAAUUACUACCUAGCGAACUUUGGCAUGAAGAUCAAGUACUAAGUCUGUCUUUUUUUUAGAGAUGUUGUUGAACGAGUUAAUUUUAUUUUGUGACACUGAUCCUCUCCUCUAAUGCUAACUCUACAUGUGUAAUGAAGUAGUGUUUCAACGUGUGCUAGACGUGUCCCGAGAAGUAGAUUACAGGAGUUGCUGGCUUCAAGUACAAUUUGUUACAGUGGAGUGUACUAAAGGUUGUUGUUGACUCAUACGUCUUACAAAUAGUGAAGUUGGUGAGCGCAGGCGCGGCACUGUCAGGGAGAUGGCGAGCCUGUGGGAGUCUGACGCGACGGGCGGGGCUGACCUCACGCGGGAAGGCGAGAGAAAGAAAACGGAACGUGUCGAGGCGAACAAAAUAGUACUUCCGCUACCUAACGCGUCAUUAGUUGGCUUUUGAUGACAGACAAAAUAUAUAUAUAUACAUAUUAAAAAAAGUACAUAUACGUAUAUACUGUAUAACAACCUAUUACUUUCACUAAACGUAACACGCUGGCUUGCCACGAUUUCUGUUUUACGCUAGACUUGUACAAAAACAACAAAUUUUAGCCACGUUCACUUUCUCCCAAAUUCCUGACAGCUUACGGUACAGUCUUGCUCGCAACACACUCAGCCCGCAGCAAAGACACGGCUAAACAGGUUCGUGGUUGCGUGUGUGCGUGGAUGAGUGCGAAUACAGGUGCGAAGGGACUUAUGACCUAAGAAACACCUGUACCUAAACCAACACCAUCACCACCACUUGUUCCUGUAGCUGUUCCCGUCUCGAAUAAUGUUUCGAGACUGACGAUUCGAAGCAUCGAGACGGAAGGACGAAAUGAAGCGAGACGAAGAAAGAAUCGACUUUGUUCUCGAGACUGCUGUGUGAGUGCGUGGGUUUGCCGGGUUGAGUGGAAGGCUUCGGAAGAACUGAGUAGACAGGAUGCUUUUAGUGGACUUUUUGGAGUGAUGGGACUUUUUUUUCAGCUGAGUGGGCGGAGCGGAGUGAGCGAGAUAACCAUAAAGGGGACAGCUGCGGGCGGUGUAGCGAGGAAGGGACCUUAUAGAGCGUUAUCAACAUUUACAGCGUGAUGGACUAGGAAAGGACUGGACGAGAGGGAGACAUAGGGUAGGAUGAGAGGGAGAGGGAGAAGGAAGCAUGCACUAGUUCGAAUAAUAAGGAAAGGAAGAUAGGAGCUAAAUACCCUAAUAGCAACUGCACGAAAGGAACAAUGAAUGAGACUAAGAGAGAAUGAAAAAGAUUAAUGAAAAUGUUAAGGAACCGAUGCGUAUAUGAGAAUUUUUAAGGAGAGAAAUAGAAAGAGGGAGAAGGAAAAGAGGAACUUAACCGUGGAUGUGAAGGGAGAAGAGUUAAACAAGAGAUAGCAGAUGAAGAGGAUGGUGGAGGAUAAAAGAGAGAGGACGUAAAGUUAGGAUUCAUUGAUGUACGUGAAGGAUAUGGGACAGAAUUAGAAAGAAAGGAGAGGAGCUACAGAUAAAGAAAGGUGAAAGAUGGAAACCGAAUAGAUUAUAGUUUUUUUUUAGGGAAGGAGAAGAAAGAACGUAAAAUAAGGGAAGAAGCUAAAAAAAAUAGUUAAAAGGAAGAAAAAAAUAAGAGAAAGGGAAAGAUAAAAAGAUGUUACUGUUGUUGUCUGUCUGUCUGUUUGUCCGUGUUAUCGGUGGUGAUGAGUGAAUACUAUGAAGAAAAAGGAGGGUUGUAAUGAAGAGAUAUUGAUAAUGAUUCACACCCGUCACCUCCACCACCACCAUCACCACCAAUCUCUAGGCAGCUAAAGCUUGAAGCGAGAAAACAACACCAAUAAUAAUAAUAAUAAUAAUAAUAAUAAUAAUAAUAAUAAUAAUAAUAAUAAUAAUCGUAAUAAUCAAGGGUUUGUUUUACAUCGAGUGACUUUCUGCGUCCGUCAUCUUCCCGUUUUCCUUUCUCGUUCGUUUUCUUUUCACCGUCUCCGCUUCGUGACUACAUUUUCUUUUCCCCUUUCGCGGUUCAUUUCCCUUCAAUCCGUUUUCUUUGUUGUUGUUACUCCGUGUGCGACUUUCUAGGGUAUAUUUGCGGUUAGUUAAGUAAGGGACCCUUCUCCCCACGGCGUUACUGCGAGGGAGGGAGAGACGUUUGCUCGUUACGAAUGUGUUACGAAUGUUUGUUACGAUGCUCCCGCGUUCUCUGUGGUGGCCGCCGCGUCACUUAGCAGCCCGCGGGAUGUUACGUGGAUUUGUGUGACGCCGCGGUGUUACAGCUGUGUGUAUGUGUGUGUGUGUGUGGCACUCUCUCCCUCUCGUUCUCCCCUCAAGUAAAGAUAAAAAAUGCAAAAACUGUUUUCGCGUAGGAGGAAGGAGAAGAAUAUGAGGAGGAGGAGGAGGAGGAGGAGGAGAAACUGUAUAAACAAGAGGCAAAAACAUGACAACACUGCAGCGGUGGAAAGAAUGAAUGGAAAGAGUUGAUAUAUUUUCUUAAUUUUCCUGAGAAUCAAAGCAUUUCAUUAGUCGACGGUUGUGUGAGGGAGGAAGAGAAGCAGGACGCGAGGUCGGCGGCGGCCCCUCGACGGCGACUGCUUCGUGUUACUAAGGCAGUUCAGGGUUUUAGUUGUAAGUGUUUCCUUCCUCGUCUUUUAGAAGAAGCUCAGGUGCGAAGAUCAGAUUCUAGUACUAAUUAGAUAGGUGAAGGGAAGUAAUUUGGAUUUCUUAUUAUGAACGAUAAGGAAAGGAAAUGAAGCACUGAAUAAAGUACCACUGAAUUAUGCACUAGGUAGGUCGGCGUCCCGUUCCAUGGAAAUAAUGAUGAACAAAGUAUUGGUGAUUAUAUGAUGAUGAUUAUUUAAUUACAACUUAAUAUUCAACUAUGAAAAACAGCUCAAUGUUCCAUAGUUCAUCAUUCGUUUCGGGCAAUGCUUCGAAUCACCAGAUGAGAUGAAAAUAAUAAUUCGAACUAUUAAUUAAAGUUCACGGUUGUUGUUUAUCUUUUUCAUUUUCACGGCAAACGGAACAACCGACAGAAAAAAAAAAAGAAAAAAAAAAACGAACGAACGAAAAACACAAGAAAGAAAUUGUGAAAAUUAAAAAAAUAAAUACCGCAUUGACUACCUCGAGAAGACACGAUUUUAACCUUCACGAGUUUUGUCCGAAGAUCAAGAUUCUAAACCCGGCGAAGUAUAACGAAAUGAUACUUGAUCGAUAACUUUCGGAGCUUGACGCCAGGCGGUGCUGCGCGGCGACCCGUGAGUGUGAGGCGGCCCGCUGAUCCUUGGAACGCUUUUGAGUUAUUUCAAGACUCGGAAAAUGUAGCCUGUGCGAUUACCUAACUUUCCGAGCUGUGAAAUAACUCGUAUGCACUUAUGGAAUCAGCGAGUCCACCCACACCAAGAAUUAAGCUUUGUAUAAGUGGAACCUCGUUAGCGCCGCCCCGCAGUCACCGAAGCUCGUGAAGGUAUCCGUGUCUGACGAGCAGGUGUGCUACGGGCGUGUAAUGCAGCGUAUGGAAAGGAAAGCGUAAUGGUCCACAAUGCUCUAUCGAGGAAACCAUGCUUAAAAAUAUAACUUUUUGUUAACGUCACUUUAGAAUACCGUGAUAUAUCAAAAUACAAAGAAGUAUAAAUAUGAAAAGUAACGACGUACCAUAAGAAAAUAAAGUGAAACCAGAAAAGUACUUUGGAAUAAUCUGAAAUGGAAAAGUAAACACAAGAGAGACAGGAAAACUUUCAAUCAGUACUCACGCACGGGGAAACGGCGAGGCGAGAUGAGGGGAAGCGCGUGGCAAAUGUUUCGUAGGCAGAGACCCCGCCAAGCCUUCUCUUUUCCCGUCCUUCCUUCUUCUCCCACUCCAUCGCGGGAAUACUUGCAGCUGAGGAGGGAAGGAAGCAAAGAUGAUGAAGGCAGUAAUAAUAAUGCGCAAUAACAUGGAGAAGGUGUUUCAGGGCUUAAUACUCAGUGUGGGACGGGACUGGUUGGGGCGGGGCGAGGUUAGAACGGAGUUUGAAAUAGUGAUCGCCAUUCUUGUUUUUGAUUAUCAUUUAUCGACACUUCUCCGGACAAAUUUCAUAAUGACUGCAAAAUAAAAAAAAAAAAAUGACGUUCGAGUCAACACUAAGUGACGCAUAUAAUUUUUACGAAAAGAAUAUUAUACAAAAACGAAGCGAAAUUACAUAAGUAUAUAAGUAUUUUGAUUAAGAGGAGUAAUUAUUUAGGAAAAAAAUAAUUACAAUGCUUCAAAAUUAUCAUCAUCGCGAGAGACGUGCGGACAAUGAACGGCUCACUCAUUAAAUUCAAGAUUGAGAUAUGCAAUUUUUCAAUCUUGACUUCUACUGGCACGGAAGAAGCCACAACAAGCAAAGACCGCUGUUUAUUAUUCACGCCAUAACGCUUCUCUCACACUCGAAAAUAUCCAUACAUCUCUAUUUUUUUACACUGCCUCCUAUCUCAACUGGGGUCUGUACCGAAUUAACUUUUUCCUUUCAAAGCGGGGCGGGACGGGGAAGACGGAAUGGGGUUAACAAGGGGCGGACGCCAUAUUAGUGUUUUUCCAUCGCUUUUUGUCAGUCAGUCAGCCUCGGCGCCGCUUCAGCUCAGUCAGGAGGGACGUGGACGCCGCCGCCGCUGAGAUAACAGAAUGCACUAGAUGUAGGCUUUGGUAGGGCGGUCGGUCGCGUGUCGCCGGCGAGUCUGCGUCGGCUGCACCUAUUCUCGCUUCGAGCCGCAGUGUUGUAGCCUAGCAUAGCCACGCCACUCGGACAGGCCCCGCUCACCUGCCGACACCUUCCACUGCUCCUCUGCGGCCUCAUGUGUGUAAAACGGACUUAUUUCCCCUCUAACGAGAUCAUUAUGGCACCGACUAGGAAUGCGAGAAAAGAAAAUACUCACUGUACUUCUCCUGGGGCCAUUAUGACUUCGUGGUUUUGGUGCCAUAAUUCAAUCACGCACGCUUUGGCAGCAGACGGCGGGUCCGGAACGUGUAAACAAGAGAUCACUGCGAACGCUCAUAGUCAUCAGCUCACCAUUCAUGCUUUGAGUCCUAGAUUAUUAUUCCUUGUUGCUUAACUAUCUACGGCUACUCCUGAGCAACCAGUCUCACCUAAGUCUCACUCAUUUAAGAACACGGACAUAAGUGUUUACGGGACUUUCAUGAGACAAGCCUAGCAAAGCCUCAAUCUUCCACCUGAAUUGUCAGCCUCACUUAUUACUCACUUAAAAACACAGAAUUUAACUUAUAACAGACUUUCAGAAGAGACAUAAGCCUAGGAAAGUCUGAUUCUUACUCCUGAAAUUUGUCUCACGAAAUACUCACUUCAAAACACGGAAACUAACUUUUAAGGGACUUCAGGAGACAGAAGCCUAGGAAAUCCUUACUCUCUUAUCCACGCCGCCGCUACGCAUUCAAACACGCAUGAGGGCUGCAGGGGAGGGUGUCGUGGUAGGGUAAGGGCGGGUGGUCGGGGCUCCAGCAUGAGGCGCCGCACGUACAGCGAGGCAAGGCAAGGGUCCACAGGCCACUCCCGCGUACAGCUGCUGCUUAUCAGACGCUUCCUCCAAAUUCCAAUGAUAAAAAAAAAAAUAAUGCUUAGGUCUCGUAUGCUAGCAGGUCUCUCUCUCUCUCUCUCUGUCUCUCUCUCUCUCUCUCUCUCUCUCUCUCUCUCUCUCUCUCUCUCUCUCUCUCUCUCUCUCUCUCUCUCUCUCAGCGAAUCGCAAGCAAAGGGUAAUCCUACACUAGAAGAUGCAAAUUUACGUAGAAGAGGCCAACUUCAUAAUGAUGAUGAUGCAUAAUGAUAAUAAUGAUGAUAAUGAUAAUGAUGAUAAUAACUAUAAUGUAACAAUAAUAAUAAUAAUAAUAAUAAUCAUAAUAAUGCUCAGUGUCUGCAGUCUGGUGCUGUCACAGUAUAUAAUCUUAGUCUCUCUCUCUCUCUCUCUCUCUCUCUCUCUCUCUCUCUCUCUCUCUCUCUCUCUCUCUCUCUCUCUCUCUCAUAGCUACCUAGAAAACAAAUAAAUAACUCGGUAACAGUGUCAUCUAGAGGCGUAGAACAAACAAUACAAUACAGUAAACAUGUUCAAUAAACAAAGGAGGUCACGAGGAGGCAGUGUUCGUACGUGUGUGUUAUGCGCGUCCACUGUUCCGGUUCUGCGUUACGGGUUCGGCUUCGGCUUCUUUUUUCUCCCCGGGCGUUGCGGCGGCGAGGGAGGGAAGGUCAGCAUCAACGCAACCACGGACGGAAGAAAAUACAAGUUACAAGUCUUGGUGACGAGAUAGUAAUAGUCACUAAGCUUGUCAUACUAACGCUAUUUAUAAACAACUUAAAGAUUUAUAGAUUUCCAUGGUCACCAUUCGUGGAAGCUAUCCAUGUAAUUAUCUUUUAAAAUCGAGGAUACUUUGUUUCUUUCUCAUUCAGAAUUUGAAAAGCUCACUGCAACAAAUUUUGGAUACAUUUUUUCUUCGCGAUUCGUAAAACUUGCUAGAAGGCAGUUGGUUCCUAUCAUUUAAAUUCGAUUUCAUCUUUUUCCUUCACUUUGUUCGACACAACAGCAUUAAUUAACAGCAUUAAUUAGACAUGCGGAAGCACGCAAGUCGAGAUCAAAAUCUGGCAUGACUCACAGCGGGCACAAUUCUGUAGCCAGUGAUGAAUGACGACCUUGCCUCCUAACUCAGCUCGUGUACAGGUAAAGGUCUUCACGGCGAUCAAUAGUACUUCCGUCUAUUUUGUGAUACACCUCCAAUCUCUCGUUCAGGCCGCACCGGGACGCGACUGAUGGGCGGUGGACAGCCUUGGCGAGCACACCUCAUGCCCGCACAGCCACUGCUGCUGCUCCUCGCCUGGCGGGGAGCAGGAGCAGCUGCGCGGCGAAAAGUUAGCAGGAAGUCGCACGCUUUACCUCAGCCAUGCAGGACACACUCUGAAACGUAAUAUAAUGCAUUAUGGAAUUAUCUGCGACGCACCAAGUGUAAAAAAUCACACCAAAUAAAUGCUGGGAGAGAGAGAACAAGGCGACAAAAAAUUCACCUUGACCAAAACAUUUCAAGUCUGCUGCAACCCGCAGCACUUCCUCAGAGCAGCAGGACGCCCUCCUCACGCCGGGAAGGGACGGUCCGAGCUGCCUGGCUCACACCGUAGCGCCUCGGGAUCGAGGUGCACGGCGCGGCACGGCGGUGACUGUAGGAAGGAGUCAGGAGGAGAGGAACAAAAGAGGAGGGGAGGAGGGAGGGCGUCUGUACCUUAACACUACCACCUUCGGAUUCCUCCUUCCUGGGCGCCUCAACUCGCCGUAAAGGUUGUGCUGCAACCAGCACUCUUCAUCCACGCAGACUUGCAAAUCUGCAAACAUCACGGCGUGACUGAGGCCGUGGGAGUGAAAUCCAAAAAUAGUUUCAUAUCUUCCUAUCUUCUCGGUUCCCUCCUUACUUCCCCCUGCUCCCCUGCCCAUCCUCCAUCUCCUUGACGCCGAGGAUAACUUUUUAAGGAAGUGUAAUUGAAUCAUUUCCUCUCAUCUUCCUUUUCUUUCAAAGUUCUUCAUUACACCUUCCGGCUCUCCCUCUUCCUCUAACUUGAGGAUCACUCUCUGACGCUGGUGAGCCAAGUAGCUCCUCGGCGCGCACACUCACGCGCCCUGACGCCGUGUAAACCAAUCAAUCAAAGUAAAGAAAUCUCCAUACGCUUGUUUUAUCAGGGUUGGCGGGCGGCGGGAGGCAGGCAGCAGGAUGGAGGGAGGAGCUGCCGUGCCCUGUGUUACCGCGGUCCAUUUUUUGUGUUUUCGUGACGCGAAUCUUAGUAGACAAGAAUGUGUUGUGUAAAUAUUUCAUCAUUUUUGACGUUAGGAUUAUUAUCUUCUUGUUUGUUUAGGUCCGCGUGUGUGUGUGUGUGUGUGUGUGUGUGUGUGUGUGGGUGGGUGCGGGUGUGGACGGAAGGAGAGGCAGUUCGAUAGUCGGUCUUUGAGUCAGUGAGUUAGUCCCCGUGGCGGUGCGGGGUCAAUAAGUCUAAUUUAUUUCCUUAUCUUUAUUUUCCUCUUGAGCUCCUUCCUUCCUUGCCCUGAUCUGCACGAUGCCAAUUUCCUCCCCGUCCAAACACACGCAGGACAAAGAAAUCAACCAAAAACUCCAAACAGGGAAUGUAAAUGGCCAUGAAAAUCAAGUAAUUUUUGUUCUUGGUGCCAUUUGUGUCAAAACUUUAUUCGUAGCGUCAUCUGUGUAUAAGAAUCCAAAAAGUAUUAUUCAAAAAGCAAUCCUCUAAAAGUGUAUAUAGUACUUGGUGUCUCCACAUCUGAGCCAAUUAUGUCAAAAACUUUACAAGGAACAAAAUUACAGUUGAUGCAUUCUACAGUACUGGAAGCUCUACCACGUCGAUUGGUCGCUUUUUCUCCUGCAGUCAGCGUUACGGGGAAUGAACGCGUGGGAUGGGAAGGCAUGUUACACGUACCCAGAGUCUUUUCUCCCAGCGACUCCUGAUCUUGGGUUGAGAUCCAAGACUAGAAAAGGAAUCAUAUAAAGUUAGUGGUGUAGGAAAACGGAGAAUGAGUAGCCGUGUAAAUUUUGCUAUCUCUAUGGAGAACAAAGAAGUGAAGAACCAUGAAUUCAUCCUACAUUUUCAUACACCACUAACCCCACCCCGCCUGCUCCUUCCCGCCGCUUAUUGCCUUGUAUUCGUUGGCUGUUCGAAUCAUAUCUCUUUUUCUUAUCUCAGAAUGAGUCGAAUUAAGUGAACUAGCGAAGAUGAUGAACCUUAAACUCUCCUCUCUGAUCAUGCUAUGGGAGGGUGCUUACUACCCUUGCACUGUAUGGAGGGACGGAAGUUUAAGGACAAGUUCCGAAGCAUCACUUACUGGUUCGUUCAUUCACUCACUCACUCACGUUUCUUGGUUCGAACCCUUGAACUUAGAGCUAUUCGUCUUAUGUCCAAUUGUUUCCCAAAAUGAUGAAUGAUGCAACAAAACUUGUGUAUACUAUUUAAAAAGAGUACUGGGAUAUGAGAAGGUUGUACGCACUGCUCAAGAGUUAUUGUUAGUGAUAAUGCGAGACUUGUAUAACUACUUACAUCGUUCGUGUUUCUGUGUUUCUGUUGCAAGAGGGAGCGUGUGUGCUGACGCGCACACUCGCUUCCUGUGUUCGAAAAAAGAAAGCUAUAAUAAUGAUAAUAAUAAUAAUAAUAAUAAUAAUAAUAAUAAUAAUAAUAAUAAUAAUAAUAAUGAUAAUGGGAGGGAGGGAACCGGCAUCGUGCAAAUCCAUCGAUGUGUUCAAACGAGUCCCUAAAUCAAUUAAACCUUUUAACAUUAAGUGCAUACACCGUGUAAAAUAAACAAACACGGUGUCUGUUCGUUGUAAUGCGAAUUUCUCUCAAAAUAAAAACCCAGUAAGUUAAUAAGGGCGUCAACAUAAUGCAAUAAGGAGAAAUCAGGAAAUAAAAAACAAAAAUAAUAAAAAAAAAAAAAUACUGGUAGGUGUAGCCUAAGUCAGUGCCGGGGGCGAGUGUUGGGACAUCCCGAGUUCUCAGGGGGCGAGCAGAUCCAGCCAAUCACAGCGCGGCAUUCACUCACAACGACCAAUAGAAAUCAAGCUUUUCCUCUCUUUCUCUCUAACUACUUUUAUUGUGGCUUUCUGCGUCGCCCUCUGAAAAUGACGGGAAAGAGAAUCCUUUCUUUAUUUUACCUGAUUACCUGUACUUCCUUAGAUUCGCUGGCAACUUUGUAAUAUGGAAGAGAUUUAAAUAAAGUCAAGCAGCAAU